GAACACCGAGCCGCAGCAACGUAACGUUGGAUAAUCUCAAUAUAAAACUCGUUUCACGACAUAGGUACCCACCUGUUUCAGUGUUCGUAGCGCGACUCUGUGUUUCACAUCGGCUGCGUUCACCACAUCUCUCAUCGGCAUGAAUGCAAUCGCGACAACGCGUAUCAGUUGAUAAGAGAUCGUCGGAUCAUGGUAUCGGUAACCGACACUUUUCACCAGUUCUAGAUAGACGUGUGUCGCGAGGUUCGGUUCUCAAAUCGUCGAGAUGUUCAAGAAGUACAAGAACAAGCCCACCCUGGAGCCUUUCAACAACAACAACGACCACAAUCAUGUCAAUGCUGCCAAUUAUCAGAAUCCUGUUAGUCCCCCUACGCCAGUUACCAAGUCCUUGCUGCAGUUCCACUGUCAGCUAGCCCAUGGUAGCCCUACAGCUUUUGUUUCUGGUUUUUCCAAUGUGAGGGAGCUGUAUCAGAAGAUUGCGGAAUGUUUCGAGUUUCCACCAAGUGAUAUACUUUUCUGUACCCUAAACACACACAAGAUAGACAUGCGAAAACUGUUAGGAGGACAAAUAGGAUUGGAAGAUUUCAUAUUUGCACAUAGAAAAGGCAGGGCGAAAGAGGUGGAACUGCAGAAGACAGAAGAAGCUCUCGGUCUCACCAUCACAGACAAUGGUGCCGGCUACGCGUUCAUAAAGAGGAUAAAGGAUGGUUCCGUUAUCCACAACAUACCUCACAUACAGGUUGGAGAUCACAUAGAAAAACUAGACGGCAUCAACAUGGUAGGCAAGCGUCAUUUCGAAGUAGCCAAGGUCCUGAAGGAGAUUCCCAAAGGCUCAACAUUCACAAUUCGAUUGGUGGAACCUAUGAAGACGGGUUUCAGCAGUAUAGCCCCAAAAAGUAGCGUGAGAUCGAACAAAAAAGGCAUAGGUAAUGGCAAGGGUACCCUCAGGUUCAAAGCAGGUGGCAAAGCUGAAAUACAAGAACAGGAUGACAUGAUGGAUGCGGGUAUCGAAAAGAUCAAUUCCAUAUUGGAGAGCUUCCUGGGCAUAAACGAUUCAGAGUUGGCCACGCAAAUUUGGGAAUGUGCAAUCGACAAAUCAAAUUCUAUGGACUUCGCCGAGGCCAUCGAUAAUUCUGACUUGGAGGCAUUCGGUUUCUCAGAUGACCUCAUAAUCGAACUUUGGGGCGCUGUCACUGAUGCCAGAGACGGCAGACUGUCAUAAAAGAAGUGCCAACAUGAGAAAAAAAGAAGUGAUAGUGGAUAAUAUUGGACUUCGGUCGUCAAAAAAACAUUUAUAUUUGAUAUUGAAUAUAAGUUUAUGAAGAGGUGUACCUCUUACGUGAUGACACUGUCUGCGAAUUUGUUUGUUUAUAUUUUCAGAGUUUUUUUCUACUGAAUUCAGUUGAUUUUUUUUUGUUUAAUCAAUGGAUAAUGACAAUUGUAUCUUUUGUUAUUCAUUUGAGAUGUAGGAUCAAAAAUAUUGUAAAUAUUUUCGAUGAAUAAAAAAUGUAUCCAGUGUCAAUAUAGGUAUGUUAAUGUA